AUGGUUUAUUUAAUCAAUAAUUGCGUUUUGAUAUGCAAAAAAGUUAAUAAUGGUAGGGAAGAGCAAAAAGAAGCGUAAUAGCAAGGAUUCUACAUCCAGUAAUGCAGGAAGUGGCGAAGGCGAGGAGAAGAAGAAGAAAGAGGGCGGCAAGAAGAAAGGAGGCGUGGGAAAGUCCAUUGGUUGCGACAUUUUCAAUGACGCCGCCAUGGAAAACGCCUACUAUGUCUGCCAUAAUGUUCAGGACGUUCUGAAGUCAAGAGGAUUUGCUUGGCCGGAUGGCCAAAAGAAGAAAAAGAAGGGAAAGCGCUAA